AUUUCUAGGACCAACAUUGACUGCACUAAAAUUAUAACGACGACAUGAGCACUGCGCAGGUGUUAAAAUGAAAUGUAAAUUUUAUGACUUUCUAUAGCAACGGUAAAAAUAACCAAACAAACAUUACCAUGUGAUGAAAAUAGAUCCAAAAGAUUCAUUAAAACAAUAUUGUGAGAAUAUGGGAAAUUGUGGAGGUUCUUGUUGCAAAUGCAAAAGUUUUAAAUCGUUCACCGGUCCUGUGUCUAUUUUGAUACUUGGUUUGGAGGGAUCGGGUAAAACUGAAAUUGGCUAUUUUCUGAGUAAGAAACAAAGACUGGAUUUUUCACAGACAAACGGUUCACAAACUUACCGUUUUAAUGUAAGCACUACACCUGUUAACUUGAAUGAAAUAGGCGGAUCAGCGGAUAUCCGAUCGUUAUGGGUUCAUUAUUAUAGAGAAGCUCUUGGUGCCAUAUUCGUAAUUGACUCAUCCAACUUUGAUUCAUUUACAGUCGCCCGUUCAUUAUUGGCUCAACUCUACCAUAACAAAUACAUGAGCGGAAAGCCAAUUCUAAUUGUAGCAAACAAACAGGACAGCAAUGAUUUCGUGGACAUUAUAGACAUUUCGAGAGUAUUUUCCAUUGAGAAAUUAGCUAAUAAAACAAGAACACCGACACUCAUUUGCUCGUCUGGUACAAAUCAACGAAACGAAUUGUUAGAUGGUUUGGAAUGGAUGAUUCAACUAAUAUUGGACAAUAUAAAAAUCAUACGAAAUCGAAUCAAAUUCUUUGACACAGUUUCAUUGAGUCGAUUCAGCGAAAGAACAAUCGAUCGACCAAGGACUAGUCGUGAAAGACGAAUUUUGAAGGAAAAUAUGCAAUUAGAACGUCCUCAAUCGGCUCCGUCACAAAUUAAAAUUGGUAAUACGUAUCUGGUCAAUGCAUUGCCUGCGACACCAAUGAUGAGGAAACGGCAUGAAGAACUUAAUGUGGAAAAUAUAGAAAAUGAUGCAAACGUUGAAAUUAGUUGAUCGAUUACAAAAAAAGACACGUUUCACAUUACGAAAAGGAUGAGAAAAACUAAUAAAAUAGA